AUGCAGUUAAACGUAUUUAAAUUGAGUAUUAAGAAUUGAGAUUCAUACCAUUGGUUGUUUCUAUAAAUAGAGGCGUUUAUGAUUGAAAUAGAAGUACUAACUUAUUCUAGGCUGAAAAAUUAUCUGAGCAACAAAUCGCUGAAUUUAAGGAAGCUUUUUCCUUGUUCGAUAAGGAUGGAGAUGGAAAAAUCACGACUAAGGAAUUAG